AGCCUAUGUCCCAGGAUGGCCUUACUUGCUGAUCGCCUGCAGGCCACUCACUCAUGCCACCUACGCCUGCUUUACCCUCAUGGGAAACAGUACAGUAUCUAUCCGAGAGGUCUGGUAUCGGCAAGACGCCGCGUCCUGGGAGCCGGCGCACAACGUCAGCUGCACGAACGUUCGGUGUUCAUGACCCCAGAGCGGAGGUGCGGGUUCCCUCCGGGCACAGCGCGUCCCGGGCCGCCCUCCUCGCAGCCACACCCUCACGGCGCUGAGUGCCGGUCCCCGGGGACGGCGGGCGUGGGAGCUCCGGCCCCGCGCGGCUCCCUCCCGGCGCCCCGCGCCCUCCUUCCUUCCUCGCCGGGACGGACGCACUUCCGGCGGAUGAGGGCGGGCAAUCCCGGAAACGGAAGUGAGCGGCAGGGCUGGCUGACGCGACCGGGCUGGAGAGGCUGUUUGCGGCGUGAGCUAAAGAUGAAUACCAGAGGACUUGGAUCUCAGCUAAAGGACAGUAUUCCAGUUACUGAGCUAUCAGCAAGUGGACCUUUUGAAAGUCAUGAUCUUCUUCGAAAAGGUUUUUCUUGUGUGAAAAAUGAACUUUUGCCCAGUCAUCCUCUUGAAUUAUCAGAAAAAAAUUUCCAGCUCAACCAGGAUAAAAUGAAUUUUUCCACACUGAGAAACAUCCAGGGUCUAUUUGCUCCACUAAAAUUGCAAAUGGAAUUCAAGGCAGUGCAACAGGUUCAGCGUCUUCCAUUUCUUCCAAGCUCAAACCUUUCACUGGAUAUUUUGAGGGGCAAUGAUGAGACUAUUGGAUUUGAAGAUAUUCUUAAUGACCCAUCACAAAGUGAACUAAUGGGAGAACCACACUUGAUGGUGGAAUAUAAACUUGGUUUACUGUAAUGAAGUGAGCUGACCAUGGAAAUGGAGGGGCUACAUCUUGUUUAUAGUCGUCUUUUUACUAUAAUUUUAUGUAUACAACAUUAAAAGUACUGACACGUGAGAA